CCUAUCUUCACUCACUUUCAACCUUGUUGGCUCUUCAUCAUUUCAACCUCUAGAAACUUAUCAUUGCCCAUAAUGUCCAGCAAAGAUUCGAAAGAAGAUAAAGAUGCGCUCGAUGCUCUUGAGCUUGAGGCCAAAGAAUUUGAUAAGGAUGCUGAGAUUGAUCGCAUCUUGAAGGCAUUUCGCCUCGACGCUUAUGCCGUUCUUGAUCUCCAACCUGGUGUCCCUGACUCAGACAUCAAAGUUACGUACCGCAAGAAGUCUCUACUCAUCCAUCCCGAUAAAACAAAGAAUCCACUGGCUCCAGAUGCCUUCGAUCGGCUAAAGAAAGCCCAGACAGAGCUCAUGGACGAGAAGCACCGUGCACGGCUAGAUGAAGCUAUUGCGGACGCUCGAAUGUUGCUUAUUCGCGAAAACAAAUGGACUGUCGACAGCGAAGAGCUUAAGACAGAAGAGUUCCGAAAGAUGUGGCGUGCAAAAGCGCGAGAUGUUCUCAUUGAUAACGAGCAUCGCCGACGCCGCCAGAUGAAAGCCCAGCUCCAGGAAGAAGGUCGUGAACAACGACGUACUGAUGCCGAGGUGGAAGAGCGUAAGCGCAAGCGACAGCAUGAACAGGAUUGGGAAGCCACCCGGGAUGAGCGGAUCAGCAGCUGGCGACAAUUCCAGAAAGGAUCAGGUGGCGAGAAGAAAAAGAAGAAGAAGCUCAAGCCCAUCGGCUAGAGACAUUGGUAUUUCACGGGAGUUUAUUGGGAAGACAGCACGAAAGGACACGGCUACACUAAACAAUGUCGCGGCUGGUAUGUGAGUUAAAUAAUUAUGAUGAAUGGUUUGGACUCUAAUCAAGUCAGACAAGGUGCCCCCAGGUUUCAAGCCUCACUCGACUCCUGAGACGUCGGUUUUCAGCACGGUAAGUUCAUCAUGGACGUGUAUCAUUGACGUAGACCGCGUGAUGUAUUCGUAGUAUCAUUCAUAUCCAAGGUGCAACUUCAAGUGACUUGAAAUGCAAUUUCAAUGAGGAGAGUGGCCUCGUUGGAGCUUUAUAGCUCCUUCUAUACUACAGGAUUAGUAUACAACAGAUCUGAUGCAGUUGGCAGAUCUACAAGAGUAGUUGGGCUAUCAUAACCCUCCACCGACGCCAUACAAAAAAUAUGAACCUUUUGAACACCAACAAAUGCGCUUCUCCCACUCUAAUUUUAAUAAUACCCCCAGUAUAUGAUACAUAUCAUCAUCAGUCGGAAGUUAUUUAGUUCUUAUCCUUAUCAUCAGAUUUCUUGCUUGAG